AUGACAAAAGGGACAGAAUUUGUACUGUUAGGAUUGUCUCAGGCACAUAAAAUGCAACUCUUCAUCUUUUUUCUCUUCCUCCUUUUCUAUGUCAUUUUUCCUCCAUCCUCCUUACAGUCCAGGGAGAUUCUCAGUGGGAUCCCCAAGGUACUUUUCCUAACUCAUCUGGAUUUCCUGGAUAUCUGUUACUCUUCUAUUAUUCUACCUAAGAUGCUGGCUGAUUUCUUCUAACAACAGAAAACCAUCUCUUCUAAAAGCUGCAUAGCACAGCUCUUCUUCCUUCACUUUCUUGGUGGAACUGUGGUCUUCCUACCCACAGCAAUGACCUUUGACAGAUUUGUGGAUCUUCAUUAUGCAGCCUUAAUGAGGACAACACUCUGUUGGAUCUUGGUGGGGAUAGCAGGCUGCUGGAUUCACAAAUUCAUUCAGGUUGUAUUUGUUGUUCAUCUUCCCUUCUGUGGCCCAAAUGGACUUGACAACUUCUUUGGUGAUGUUACACAAGUGAUUAAGUUAGAACUGUCCAGAGGGGAGAGCAAAGCAGCAAGUACCAGUGCUACCCACAUCAUUAUCGUCUUUGUUAUGUUUGUACUAGCUACAUAUAUCUACUGCCGGUCUUUCUACACGUUACCUCUGGGAAUGGUGUUCCACACCACGGUUUUUCCCCUCAGCAACCCCAUGAUCUACACGCUGAGGAAGAAGGAGAUCUUCAGUGCCAUGAAAUGA